CUUCUGAAUAUUUCAAACUAUAAUUGAAAAAAGGUUAGUUUCACGAUUUCUCACAUCCACACACGCGCGCGCAACAUUGUCAGCCAGUACAUUAUCCAGGCAUCCAUUACGACGAUGGAUUCGCAUCUCGACGGAUGGAUGGAUUCAUACUUUUUGGACGCAUCCAACGCAAAUUAAGCUUGCAUUGUUUUUAUGGAUGCGGGUUUUUUGAAUCCAUUGAUGUUUUAUUGCUGUCGACUGGGUAUUUUGCGAUUCGAAUGGAUGUCGGUUUUGCACGCGGAAGACAUUUUUAUAGUCUGACUGUUAUAAUUUUUUUACCUAUACUGGCACUACAACUAAUAUUGCUUUUUACUUUCCCCUGAUUUAUUUUCCACCAAUAGCUAAUCACAAUGGGUAAAGAGAAGAACCACGUUAACGUCGUCGUUAUUGGCCACGUCGAUUCCGGCAAGUCGACCACCACUGGUCACCUUAUCUACAAGUGCGGUGGUAUUGACAAGCGUACUAUCGAGAAGUUCGAGAAGGAGGCUGCCGAGCUCGGCAAGGGUUCCUUCAAGUACGCGUGGGUUCUGGACAAGCUGAAGGCUGAGCGCGAGCGUGGUAUCACCAUUGACAUUGCUCUCUGGAAGUUCGAGACCCCCAAGUUUGUUGUCACCAACAUGAUUACCGGUACCUCCCAGGCUGAUUGCGCCGUCCUCAUUAUUGCUGGCGGUGUUGGUGAGUUUGAGGCUGGUAUCUCCAAGGAUGGCCAGACCCGCGAGCACGCCCUGCUUGCCUACACCCUCGGUGUUAAGCAGCUCAUUGUUGCCGUCAACAAGAUGGACUCGGUCAAGUACGACCAGGCCCGUUUCGAGGAGAUCUCCAAGGAGGUUGCCAACUUCAUCAAGAAGAAGGUUGCCAUGGUCCCCAUCUCCGGCUGGGAGGGUGACAACAUGCUUGAGGCCUCGGCCAACAUGCCCUGGUACAAGGGGUGGACCAAGGAGAACGUCAAGGGUGACAGCGUCCUCACUGGUAAGACUCUUGUUGAGGCCAUUGAUGCUAUUGAGCCCCCAGUCCGUCCCUCGGACAAGCCCCUGCGCCUUCCCCUCCAGGAUGUGUACAAGAUCGGUGGUAUUGGUACUGUUCCCGUUGGCCGUGUCGAGACUGGUAUCAUCAAGGCCGGUAUGGUCGUUACCUUUGCCCCUGCUAACGUCACUACUGAGGUCAAGUCCGUUGAGAUGCACCACGAAGUCCUCACUGAGGGCGGCAAGCCCGGUGACAACAACGUCUCCGUCAAGGACAUCCGUCGUGGUAACGUCUGCUCGGACUCCAAGAACGACCCCGCCAAGGGUGCCAAGAACUUCACCGCCCAGGUUAUCGUCAUGAACCACCCUGGUCAGAUUGGUGCCGGUUACGCUCCCGUCCUGGAUUGCCACACCGCUCACAUUGCCUGCAAGUUUGCUGAGCUUGUUGAGAAGAUUGAUCGCCGUACCGGUAAGGUCACUGAGAAGGAGCCCAAGUUCAUCAAGUCGGGUGAUGCCGCCAUUGUCAAGAUGAUCCCCUCCAAGCCCAUGUGCGUUGAGGCUUUCACCAUCUUCCCCCCCUUGGCCGUCGAGAAGGACGACACUGCUAGUGGCAAGACCACCAAGUCUGCCGUUAAGGUUGGCAAGAAGUAA